AUGCAGCAGGGAAAUCAUACCAGGGUGAAAGAAAUUAUUUUUCAAGGACUGACCCAGUCCCGAGAACUGAGCUGGGUCCUAUUUCUCUUUUUAUGCUUCGUGUACGUGACCACUCUGCUGGGCAACCUCCUCAUCACGGCCACUGUGCGCUGCGAGUCCCGCCUGCAGACCCCCAUGGACUUCCUGCUCCGCGGCCUCUCCGUCCCGGACACCUGCUUCUCCUCCGUCACCGCCCCCAGGGUCCCGGUGGGCCUUCUUUCGGAGAGAAAGACCAUCUCCUUCCGCGGCUGCCCCACGCAGAUGCUUCUCGUCCACCUCCUCGGGGGCGCGGACAUCUUGGCCCUCUCGGUGAUGGCCUUUGACCGCUACGUGGCCAUCUCCAGGCCCCUGCACCUCGGGACCGUCCUGAGUCGGGGGCGCUGCGCCGCCCUCCUCGCGGCCUCCUGGGCGGGGGGCUUCGUCCACUCCGUCGUGCAGAUCUCCCUCCUCCUCUCCCCUCCCCUUCUGCGGACCCAACGUCCUGGACGGUUUCUACUGCGCCGGCCCCCAGGUCCUCACACUCGCCUGCGCUGGCUCCUGAUGAUUUCCAGCAGCGGCCUGCUCGCCACCCUGUGGUUCGUCUUCCUGCUUGUGUCCUGCGCGGUCACCCUGACCAUGCUGAGGUCGCGCUCCGGGGAGGGCCGGGGGAAAGCCGUCUCCACCUGCACCGCCCACAUCACGGUGGUCACCCUCCACUCUGUGCCCUGCAUCUACGCCUACGCCCGGCCCUUCUCCGCCCUCCCCACCGACAGAGCUGUCUCCAUCACCUUCACUGUCAUCAUUCCUGUCCUGAACCCGCUGAUCUACACCCUGAGGAACCAGGAGAUGAAGGCGGCCAUGAAGAGACUGAAGAGGAGACUUGGACCUUCUGAAAAGGAAUAG